AAGAAACUUAAGUAGCCGUUUUUUAUUUAACGGUAGUGUUGAAAUUCGUAAAAGGUGACUUAAAAUAAGAAAGUAUUAAAAGUUAGCAUAUUAACUGCAACCAUAUUUUAGGGGUUACUAUAUUUUCAGUUAGUUUAAAUUGGCUCUUAACAUUGAUUAAAAAAAAAGCGCAAAAAAAUAAAAGCAAAAUUGUUUGGUGAAUAAAUAUACGAUUGUGUGUCGUAAGUGCAUUUUGGAGGGCCCGAGUUGAAAUAUGUGAAGAGUCCCCAUAGAAAAUCAUGUGAAAAAUCGAUUGGAAAGUUAGACUGGAAAUGUGUGUGAAACAACAUCUUUCCAUAAGUAUUGGAAUAUAACGCUGUGAAUUGUUUGCUUGAAACUUUUAGUGCAAAAUGUCAAAGUUUGACAAUCGCCGCCACUAAAUGACAUCAGUAAGAAAAACUUAGUAAAUAUUUGCAACAAUUGCAAAUACGCAAAAGCUAUAAACGAAUAAAAACAAAUAGUGAAUGGUGGGUAUGAAGGUGCGGAGGUGAGGUUAACGAAAGCAAAUAAAUGUGGAAGAGCCAGGUGAAUAUUUAUAUAGACGUUCCCAGUUCCUGAGUGUGACGUUUUCGAAAUAAUGGAAUCAAAUCCCAAUGGGAUAAAAAUAGAGCCUACACUUGAACAGCAGCAGCAUUCACAGUACGCUACACAUCUACUCGCAUUGAAUGGACACAAUGCACGGCUACUCAUUGAGCACCCCUCAACGUUGCUGGUGCCUUUGUCUCAUCAACAGCAACAGCAGCAGCAACAACAUCAACAGCAGCAGCAGCAACAACAACAGCAUCAGUUACAUCAGCAACACCAACAGCACCAUUUUCAACAGCAUGAUCAGCAACAAUUGCAACAACAACAACUACAGUUAAGCACAUUAACCACAGCUUAUCCACAGCCGCUAUCACUUAAGCAACAGCCCGCAUCAACCCCGGUGCCGGGAGGUGUUACCACAACUCACGGUCCCACGUCAGUUACAUCUUCAACUUCCUCACGUACAGCAGCACAACGUUGGAACGAAAGUCCUGAAGCCCGCGCUCGUCGUUUGGCACGCAAUGCUGAAAGGAUGCGUGAAAGGCGUAAUCGCGAAAGUGAAGACGAGUACCGUAAGCGUCUCUCACGAAACGCUGAAGCGAAUCGUCUUCGCCGCCAAAAUGAAUCGGACAUGGAAAGAGCUAUGCGCUUGGUGCGUAAUGCAGCCAGGCAAAGACUACGUCGGGCCAUGGAAACACCAGAACAACGGGCAAAACGUCUUCAGAAGCUUGCUGAACGUAUGCGACAAUAUCGAGCUAAUGAGACACAGGAACAGCGAAAAGUACGUUUGGCAGAAAUGGCAGCACGGGCACGUCAACGCAUUGCUAGCGAGACAACAGAGCAAAGGAAGGAGAGACUAAGGAAGUUAAACGAUUAUGCAAAAAAGGUCAGAGAAACUAAGAAAAAAUGCAAGCAGGAGCAAAGUGAGAAUUCGCAGAAUUCGAGCCAAUUGCAAAGUACUGCUGCUGCCAGUUCCACUAAUGAAAAUAUCAAUUUGAACCAGGCAGCCCCGCAAACGACAGUCGCAACAAACACCAACAUUGAGCAACAACAACCCCAGCAAUCCAAUGACGAACAACUAGCAUCCUAUCAAACCCAGCAGACGGCGUUAACCAAUCCCAUAGAGUACUAUCAAAAUAUGUUCAUGAGUCCAGCAACAUUGAGACCUGCUUUACUUAAACAGGAGCAAUUAUCAACUCAGCAGCAGCAACAACAGCAGUCAAUACAGCAAGGACGUUUUACACAUCAACAGCAGCAACAGACUAUUUUAGAUUCGGAAUCCAAUAGCAUGUUCCCACAACAACUGUACGAUAACGACCAGAAGCCACCAGGUGCAACUGGAAACGGUUCUACAUCAUCAUCUUCUAAAUUACCACAAGCACAUGUACCACAAUUCAGCACAAUAGCCAGUUCCCUUGAAUUUUAUCAAAAUAAGUAUAUGAAGAAGCAGGAACUUCAGACAAACAAUUCAACGAAUAACAACAGCGGGUCCGUUGGUGGCUCCAACUUGCAGAACGAUUCAAAGGUGAUCGUAGCAUCCACGUCCAACAGUGAGAAUCAGAAAUUAAAAAGUUCACAUCCUCAAAUACAGAACCCUCCUACUCCGCUAUAUAACCAAUUUCCUUAUUUAGCUACAUUUCCAGCUGCUGCAGCCAACUCGGGAACAACCGUAGUGACUUCACCAUCCAGCACACCCACCCAAGCCACCUAUUAUCCAAUGUACCACAAUGGAUUUCAACUAACUAUUCCACCGAACACCGUGCCGCCACCAUUUACGCCCGUGCACUUCACCAGCAAUACGACCAACACUGGCACAUCUCCAACGACAGGACAAGUGGGACAAUCUGGUGUUGGAGGGGCUUAUAACUUGCUUGCGAAUUCAUCAAUAUCCGCUGCUGCAGCGGUAGCAGCUGUUGCUUCAACUGGUACACAACAACAAACUAUACAGGAUUUUCCAAAACCGGUCCGCGGUCGCCCUAGAAAGGUCAUCUUUAACAAUACGGGCAACAACAGCAACGCUUCGGCAACAAACAACACGGGAGACACAAAAAACGGCAUUUAUCUGCUGCCCACUGGAACCACUGAUUCGCCGGAGGACGCACUACGGCAACAAAAGGUGAGCGCCUUACUUGAGCAAGAAAUUAACCAAAUGCUCGCUUCACCACAGCAGACACCGCGCCGCGGACGUGGUCAAUCACAUUCCUCGCCUACAGGCUCGACCCGGGGUAGCGGGCAUAAAUAUGAAACCGAUGACGACAAGCGGAGACGGUUGGAUAAGAUGGCAGCACAUCAAAGAGAGGUAAGAGCCAACGAAACACCUGAACAGCGAGCAGUACGUCUAGCUAAACUCUGUGAAAGAGCACGCCUGAAACGUGCCGAGAUACGUGCCACCGAAACCGCAGAAGAACGGAAAGUACGUUUGUCCAAGCAAGCGGAAUAUGCUCGAAUGCGGCGACUACGUACACAUUCACGGCGACGCACUGAAGAUCGAGCACGCGAACUUUAUGAAGAACUCAAGAAAGAUGUGGAUAUAUCUAGUGAUGGUAAUGACUCCAAUGCCAAUACAAAAUUGCAGUCACAGGAUCAACAGCAAGAUAUACUUCAGCAGCAACAGCAAUCGCAGCAACUACAACAACAGAUGUUACACACAAAUGACUCCUCAAAUUUAGUGGCAGCACAACUUCAACAACAACAACAGCAGCAGCAACGCUUUUUAGCUUUAGCCGGUUCACAAGCACCUCAACAACAACAAGAUCAACAACAGCAGCAGCAACAAAUGUCAGCCUCCAACAACCCACAAUACGGUAAACCGCCAUGCAAGGAAUAUAAUACACAGCCUGAGAAUAAUGAUAUGCUUAAGAUUCUCGAACCUAUCAUCGUAAUGAAAACAAAAUAAAGCUAACUAAUAUAUAAUAUAACUUAGCAAGUACGAAUUAAAAACAAACAACCACAACAACAGCAAAAACAAAGCAAAAUACAAAAAAAAAAAUACACCAUAAUCGUAUCAAUAAAACACAGUUUAUAAUAAAUACACCUUCACUUUAUUUACACGAUGCUGAUGACGCCCACGUUCAAGUAUAAAUACAUACAUACAUAUGUACGUGCUUUCUUACUACAUAUACAUGCGUAUGUAUGUAUAUAUGUCAACACGUGGCUGAAACUACUAUAUAUUUCACC